AUGCAAACAAUCUUGGUAUUUCUGGUGAGUGCAGUUUUAUUGUGGUGGGGAUGUUGCAAUCGAUCAGUUAAUCACAAUAAGACACCUCAGAACCGUUUAGCUGCCUCGGAUGAAACCGGAGCUGCAACAAUGCCGGUGAAUAGUGUAACACAAACUUCUAAAACAGCUGGCGAUGAAGCAUUAUCGAAAUCACGAUCAGUUCCUCAUCUAUUGUCCGAAAAAUUGGUAGAAGCAACACAGCCAGAAACCAUGAAAGUGAUUCCUCAAUCAUGUUCGAAAUCAAAAUCGUUAAAAUUGAAGAAAAAUUUGGAUCAGUCACAACCUGAAGAUGUUAUUGUUCCACGUAAAGGAGAGCAAGAUUCAUUUGCUACGCAUAUUCCCAAGAAAAGAGUUGCUAAAAGAAGCACAGAGAUUAAAUCAAGGCCACCAGUACGCUGCGAUCGCGAUGACUACAAGACAAUUCCAGCACAUAUGUUACCCUCUUCAACUGAUGACCUUUAA